AUGUUUCGCUCUCUCAACUCCUCUCGAAUGCUUGUGAUAGUGCUGUGUCUGGCACUGAUCUCUGUGGUUGUGGAUUACCAGGACAAUGCGAUUCUAGGACGGCUGCUGGGCACUUGGAAGGACUAUUGGAAUCCCAGCAACAACAACAACAACAACAAGUCGGAAGUAGCCUCCAUCGCAAUACAUGUAGCAGCAAACAAGUCAAGACCAAUUCAAUCCAAAGAAUCAACAACCACAACAACACCAUUGAUCGUCAUUCCCCCCGCCAAGCUGUUGGCCGCUGACCGACCACGUCCGAAUCUGUGGAUUCACGUGGCGACUUUUGCCGAAGGCUUGGCGUCGUGGAAGAUUGCCUUUACAUCUCUUUUAUCUCUCGCGAAAUACGCCAAUGGGACCUUGGUGGAACCCUGCAUCAAGAAUGGACGCUUGCAAUCGUGUCGCCAUGGCACCGCCUUGCGGAUGGGACAAAUUUACGAUUUGGAACGGGUGCGGCAAAUCUAUCCGCAUGUCGUAUCGUACGAGGAGUUCGAGAAAGCCACAGGUUACCACUACAAUACCAAAAAUCAAGUUCUCGAUAUCCGCCGUCAUCCUUACAACAACAAUACGUAUCAUGCCUGUCUCGUCAAGGCAAAAUCGUCCUGUACAUUCCAGCAGUAUACCGGUAGUACUGCCAAAGGAGGAGAUUCCACCGCUCGCACCAAGGCCACCCACGAAAUACCAUCGACGUGGCAAGAACGACAACAACCCGUGUUGGAAGCGGCCAUUCGCAACAGCCGCCACUCCCCUACCCUACUCGAAAUUCCCAAUUUUACCCGCCGCGCCUUUCGAUUUUGGAAGGAUCACACAACGAAACAAUUGAUACAGGAUACCUUGGGCAUCGACAGUGAACACCUCCUUCAUUUUCAAGACUAUCAUACGCACCAAGUGGAACAAUUCCUGACUCGCUCCCUCCAAUUGCCACCGGGAACACCCUAUGCCGCCCUCCAAUGGCGUCCCGAACUCAUGCACGAAGAUUAUCUUCCGUGUGCUCAGGCCAUUUUGGAAGCGCGUGAUUUGAUCUCCAAACAAGACGAUAUUCACCAUUUUGUCUUACUGUCACCCCUCAGUUUGGUACCCCAAUUGCAAUGGGGUGGUGUCGCCCGAGAAGCGAAAUUGUCGCGCAAUACAUCCUAUCCGUCCCUCCAAUUGUUGUUGGAUAGUGGAUUCACCAAAUUGGAACAAGUCUUGGGGGAUGCGGUGGCGGAUGUUCCCGACGAAGUCUUCUUGGUCAUUUGGGAAUUCCUCUUGGCGCAAAAAGCCACUACGUUUGCUACCUGCAGCGAUUGUCCCGACACGGAGUUUUGCAGCAAGUGCAAUUGGCAAGGCCGUGCCUCCAAAUAUGCCAUUCAUUUGCGUGCCACAGCUGCCACCAAUAAUAAUCAGACUGCCGCCGCCGCCAAGACCCACACGUGUUGGCCUUCACGCAAUAAUAGCACACAAGAACAACAACAAGAUUCGUAA